GUCCCACCUCUCGCAGCCUGACCCUUGUAUCUGUUCUUUGUAAUAUAAGGAUCUACGUUACGUUGUGUGUUCCUGCCCUUCCCCCACACUGGAAUACUUCGGGAGACACGACAUCCUACACACAGGGCCCCGUAGAGGUGAAGCGGGAGAAGACCACGCACCUGUUCUUCCCAAUCAUCACCAUGUUCCUGAUGGUAGCGAUCGUGCUGGCCAUCACCAGCCCAUACGCCAUCAUUCAGGGCUCCUACAUGGGCGGCACCACCGUCGUCUCGUUGCUGCUCGCAUACUACAUCAUGGGCCGCCUGUUUCACACGGGCCAGAUGUUCGUCAGCAAGGUGAGCGAGGCCGAGGGAAUCUUGAAGGAGCUGAGAAGCAAGAGUCAGGACCUCAGUGUCAGCGUGAAGGUGAACCUCGUAAUAGGGAGCCUGUCGUCCUUACUUACCUUCGAUGUGUGUGGCUGGUACACCCUCAGCUACUCUUCCUUCCUUGGGAUCUUCAAUAUCAUCAUGACGUACAUAGUGAUAAUAUUCCAAGUGGGAGGAGCAGCCGUAAAGGACCAAUAAGUCCCGUAAGACCACACAAAGAAAAUGGAGACAUACAACGAAACAUUUCAACAAACGAGGCACUUUGAUGGGGAACUUGCACAAAAUGUAGAGGAAGAAAAUGGUGAAAGUUUAGUCCCUAGUCUGUCUUCAGAGCCCACAGAGAUGAUUAGUCAAGUUCUCAUGGGUCUCUCUCUCUCUCUCUCUCUCUCUCUCUCUCUCUCUCUCUCUCUCUCUCUCUCUCUCUCUUCGAUUGGUGAUGUAUAAUUCUUGUUAAAUACAUGAAAACACCCUUAAAGACUCCAGUGAUAUCCAAUACAGCAUGUUCACACUGAGAUGUUUGUGAAUGAGGUGCCUGAUUAACAAGACAGGCUGAUAAACUCGAGUGUUUUUGCAAAGAUUACGUGGUUAAAUUCAUUUACCUACUUUUUUUAUUUUUUUUGAUGGAAAGAUCAGGUGGGUGUGCACGCAGAGCCAAGACUACCACAUGACUCACUCCUGUGGCUUCUCUCGCGGUUUCGUUGUCUGUAUGUCAACGUGUAUAAAAUGAAAUGGACAUGUACGUUACCGAUGAUGACAUUGUACUUAUAAACUUCAACAAGCAAACAAAAAAAAAAAAAAACAACUCUAUGAAUAAUAAAAUGGCAAGAAACAGAAGCGUGAUGAUUUUCAUUUAUACUUUACUUCUUAUCACUGUCCCGUGUGGCACGUGUCCCAGUGUUUGAUUUGAGCUCCAGGCUGACAUAACCGACAGAGACACGAAGGAUCUCCCAGCCGUAACUCUUCAGAGACAACGGAGUGAUAGAGCGACCCACAAAAUUGAUCCAGCAAACUUUAAAUCCACAAAGAAAGUUAAACCGCAGCCAGUAAGAAAAUAAGAAGCAGCAGAGGACACUAGGUAUAAAUUUGUGGCCCAGAAAAGACGAUUAUGUAUGGGCGAGAUGGAUGGCGACACGCAUGACUUGGGACAAAAGUACAUGAUAAUAUGAGUCCUUAU